AUGAACUCCGCCGGACAACCGAGGUCAGCGAAGAGCUUGGCCAACAAGCGACGCCAGCUCAAGUUAAAGAUCCUGCUACUCCAAGACCGACUUUCCACCCUUGAAGAAGACCAACAACUGCCAUCCUUGCCAGAGUUCCGGGUGUUCGCGAAGAACAUCGAGCGAUUCUACGGUGAGUUUGAUCGAGUGCUGCGAGAAAUUGAGGAGUGCCACAGUUUCGCCGAUGAGCGAGACGCCCACGACUUGGAGUGUGCGGCGAUUGAGGGGCUACUGCAAGGAGUCAACAACAAGAUUGUAGCCCUCAGUCUCGCACUGCUGUCCCAGCCCGUCCAAGCCACUGAACUUCAACAAGCCCAGCCUUUGGCAACCUCGCAGCAGGUUGGUGAAGGUGAGUGUGCCGGUGACGGCGAUGUUCCGGAGAUAACCGACCCAGCAGCAGCUGAUGCUAAGGUAUGUGCCCCAAUCCAACUCCUCGUGAGCCCAUCCAACGCAACCACAGAGCGUGGCGACCCGUUGUGCACGCGGUGCAACGGUUGCCACUUGUGUACCGAUUGCGUUGCACCCAGUGAAGUACCGCUCGGUCAGAGUCACGAGACGAACUCUAACUUGAAAGCCUCCCAAAACAUGCCAGACAGAUCCCUCCAACUGGAGAAACUCUCUGAAAUGCAUCCGCCCGCCGAACCUGAAGUGGUUCGACACGAAGUCUCGACAAGAGUUCGAGGUGACGUCGACGUGUCCGGCGAUUCGGACGUAACCCCUACGCAGCGGUCAGAAGAGCGGAUCCACGGUGACGUCGACGUUGGCUGGUGUCAGCCAGUGGAACUUGGUUCACUGCUACCAGCCGACGCAGAACGAGAUGACGCCGAAUCCGAUGACCAGAAAGCUGUUGCAAGGCCGGAGACAGCUGGACUGAUCGACGAAGAUCCCGGUAAUACCACGAACCAGGCAGUGACGAACGAGGAAGCACGCUCACUGCAGCCAGCCGAAGCCGACGAAGUGAACGUCGAGGACCGUUCGCUUCCGAGCAGUGCACAGCCCGUUUGCACAGCACCUGCCGUCCAAGAGGACGCAACCACGAAGCCAAACCACAAGACUGAGACGUACAGCUGCCAGCUGUUCAACGGCAACGUCGCACGAUCAACUGACCGUGUCCGCGCAACCAGAAGGUUUGCGGAGAAGCUGCUGCAGUCCGUUGUCUUCACCAGCACAGUAACGAAGCCACGUUUGGUUUGGGAUCCGGGCAUGCAGCCGAUCUGUGCCUCCCACUCAACCACUCAACCAACCAAAGAUCACCACCAGAUGGCAGCAAGUUCGAGACGAAGCAUGCGCAUCUGGUCCAAGAGCUUGAACCACCAACGAACUCCAGCGAGACCAGCGGCCGAUUCUCUCCUAGCGGGUUUGACUUUAGAAGCCGAGCCUUCAACCCGGGGGGAGAAUGUUCGGCCAAUGCCGAAGUUUGACCAAGAAAAAGCCAGUUUCGAACCAGUAUGCGCAACCCCACCCCUGCACCACUGACAGAACGUCGCUGCCAACUUGACGGAACAACAACAACGGCGCGACGACGAGAGUUCGCGCGCAACGAACACGAAAACCGAACGGAAAGUGCGCGCCAAAGCAAGUCGCACGAAGGAUCGCGUAGAAACAACACGUCAACUCUGUAAAAUAGAAUCGGAAUAGAGAAGUUUUUUCUUAGUUUUAGUAAACUUUCACGUGUUUGAUUUGUCCGGAAAGGCAGCCUGAAGUCCGCGAGUUUUUACAGUCCGCUCGAUCGAAGAUACGCCGC